AUGGAGGUAUGGAACAUGAAUUACCAGGUGUGUAAAAAAGGUGCACAUUUGUUGAUUAUAUUUCAAAGCAAAAAAAAAGUUAAAAAUUGUGUACAAAUAUUUUUUAAAACGAUACUUAGAAAAAAACCGUUUAUUAUACCAUCAAUUUUUCUACCCAAUACAUUUUAUCACUUCGAACUAUAUUGUCAUAAUAAAAUAAACUAUUUAAUAAUUAGAGUCACAAUAAAAAAAAAUCACGACGGUUUAAAAAAAACAAAAUUUUUACUUUUUUACAAUUUUUUUCCACAACUUUCCCGAAUUUUUCAGCCAAUGGUCUUCCCACAUUUUUUUCUUCGAUGCAAAGAAUUAAAAAAAUUGUUUUUAGCAACUGAAAACCCCAAACGGAUGGAGUCUUAUCCUUCACACAAUUUAGAGGAGUUACUUCCACUGAUACACACAUUUGAUGGCAAGAAGUUGCCACCCAAGCCAAACAAAAUCGUUCGCCCUUGGAAAGAUGAGGAGGAUGCGAUGUUACUUCGUGCUGUCGAAGAGUAUGGAACUCGACGAUGGCAUUUAGUUGCUCUUAAAAUCCCUUCGCGAACACGUAAGCAAUGUCGUGAAAGGUAUUGUAAUCAUUUAGACCCCGAAAUCAUAAAAAAGCCUUGGACGACGACAGAAGACCAAAUCUUAAAAGAAGCAAAAGACGUUUAUGGUAACAGGUGGACGCUCAUAAAAACAAAGUUACCAGGUCGAACAGCAAAUCAAGUCAAAAAUAGGUAUUUUGCAAAAUUCUCGGACGUCAAGGAAAAACCAAAAAUUAACGAGUUGAAUUUUAGAAACGAAAUUAACGAGCUAAAAAGUAGAACGUGUCAAAGCCCUUUUAAACCGGUCGAAACAAGUCUUUACAACGUCGUCUUUGGUGGCUCUGUUGUUCAUUGA